GUCGUCAUGGCAACAGGGACUUGGGAUUUUUAUCGCAGCUCAGGCCCAGGAGGAAGCGCCCAGGGAGGAGUCCAGGAUGUGGUCCCUGCCUGGGUCCCAGCCCUGGGAUAAGACCCGGAGACUGAGUGGCAGGAGGGCCCCAGGGAGCUUGGCGCCUGUCGGCCAGGAGACAGUGUGGAGCCCUCGCUGACCUUGCCAUGCCAGUUGCCGCCACCAACUCUGAGUCGGCGAUGCAGCAAGUCCUGGACAAUCUGGGGUCCCUGCCCAACACUGCUGGGGCCGCAGAGCUGGAUCUGAUCUUCCUUCGCGGCAUCAUGGAGAGCCCCAUCGUCAGGUCCCUGGCUAAGGCCCAUGAGCGGCUGGAGGAGACGAAGCUGGAGGCUGUGCGCGCCAACAACCUGGAGCUGGUGCGGGAGAUCCUGCGGGACCUGGCGCAGCUGGUGGAGCACAGCGGCCCGGCGGCCGAGCUGGCGCACAUCCUGCAGGAGCCGCACUUCCAGUCCCUCCUGGAGACCCAUGACUCAGUGGCCGCCAAGACCUACGAGACGCCGCCGCCCAGCCCGGGCCUGGACCCCGCGUUCGGCAGCCAGCCGGUGCCGCCCGACGCUGUGCGCAUGGUGGGCAUCCGCAAGACGGCCGGAGAGCACCUGGGCGUGACCUUCCGCGUGGAAGGCGGCGAGCUGGUCAUCGCGCGCAUCCUGCACGGCGGCAUGGUGGCGCAGCAGGGCCUGCUGCAUGUGGGCGACGUCAUCAAGGAGGCCAACGGGCAGCCGGUGGGCAGCGACCCGCGCGCCCUGCAGGAGCUGCUGCGAAGCGCUAGUGGCAGUGUCGUCCUCAAGAUCCUGCCCAGCUACCAGGAGCCACACCUGCCGCGCCAGGUGUUUGUGAAAUGCCACUUUGACUACGACCCGGCCCGCGACAGCCUCAUCCCCUGCAAGGAGGCCGGGUUGCGCUUCAGCGCCGGGGACCUGCUGCAGAUAGUGAACCAGGACGACGCCAACUGGUGGCAGGCUUGCCACGUGGAGGGGGGCAGCGCCGGGCUCAUCCCCAGCCAGCUGCUGGAGGAGAAGCGCAAGGCGUUCGUCAAGCGCGACCUGGAGCUGACCCCGACCUCAGGGACCCUGUGCGGCAGCCUCUCGGGGAAGAAAAAGAAGCGGAUGAUGUAUCUGACCACCAAGAACGCAGAGUUCGACCGCCACGAGCUGCUCAUCUACGAGGAGGUGGCGCGAGUGCCCCCGUUCCGCCGGAAAACCCUGGUGCUGAUCGGGGCGCAGGGCGUGGGCCGGCGCUGCCUGAAGAACAAGCUGCUGCUGUGGGACCCGGAUCGCUACGGCACCACGGUGCCCUACACGUCGCGGCGGCCCAAGGACUCGGAGCGGGAAGGCCAGGGCUACAGCUUCGUGUCCCGCGGGGAGAUGGAGGCGGACAUCCGCGCCGGGCGCUACCUGGAGCACGGCGAGUACGAGGGCAACCUGUACGGCACGCGCGUGGACUCCAUCCGCGGCGUGGUGGCCUCCGGCAAGGUGUGCGUGCUGGACGUCAACCCCCAGGCCGUGAAGGUGCUACGGACGGCUGAGUUCGUCCCGUACGUGGUGUUCAUCGAGGCCCCAGACUUCGAGACCCUGCGCGCCAUGAACCGGGCGGCGCUGGAGAGCGGGGUGUCCACCAAGCAGCUCACGGAGGCGGACCUGCGGCGCACGGUGGAGGAAAGCGGCCGCAUCCAGCGCGGCUACGGGCACUACUUCGACCUCAGCCUGGUGAACAGCAACCUGGACAGGACCUUCCGCGAGCUGCAGGCCGCCAUGGACAAGCUGCGCACCGAGCCGCAGUGGGUGCCCGUCAGCUGGGUGUACUGAGCCCGGCCCGGCCCCGGCCGGUGGGGUGCACAGGCCCUGCUGGAGCUGGGCGUUCAUGGGGCGCGUCCAUGCCCAGGUGCUGCCCACCCCCGUGCCCUCUGGCCGCCAGGUGUCCCUCCUGGGCCAGGCGGGACCGGGGAGGGCCUCAGAGUCACCUCCAUAGUGUUCAGGCCACAGAGGAAACUGUUCCGGGUCCCACGGCUGGUCGAUCGCUCUGGCCACCUCUCCCGGCCGCCUGACCCCUUGUGUCCCCCACUCCUGGCUUUGAUGCCUGAGCUUCCAGUCCUGGGAGCGAGCUAUCCCCAUGGGCACAGGAGUGGGUGCCCCCUUCACCCCCAGCUCUCACUGCCGAGCCCUCUCCUGAGUCUCCCGAUCCCUGGUGGGAAGAGGGCAGACAGCCCUGCCUCCUGUCCCUGACCUCUGCCUGUCCUGGCCUGGAAAUGCCGGGGCACUUGGCAGCUCCUGCACCCCAGCCUCAGCCAUCACCUGUGGCACCCUGCCGAGCACCUGGACCCUGGGGUGCGGGGCUUGCCCUGUGCCUCCCGCCCCUCUGAGAAUCCAGUCAUCUCUGCCACAGCGUCAGCUGGAGCUGGCCCUGAACCACUGUCCUGGGGAGGGAGGGAGAACAGAGUAUGUAUCACAUGUCAGAGACACGUUUAUCCUCGUAGGACUCCCACUGGUUCAUGGCCUCCAAGCCCUCACCCCUUGGCUCCACACCCACUGUGCGGUGCCCUUCACCCCCUCUUCCCGGCCUUGGGGUGCUCCUGGCAUCACCCCAGCCUGCAGGGGCGGGUUGGGGGGCGCCAUGUCACUCGCAGUCCCCUUCCUGGAAGGACCCCCCCUCUCCGCUAACCUUAGAACCCCGCCCAAGUAGAGGGAUGGAGCAGACCUGCUCCUCGCCUGCCGAGACCGACCCCAAGGGCAGGAGCCCCUCUACCUCCCUGCUGCGCCCCGCCUGGUGCCUGACAGGUGUGGGCCCAGGCUGGCUCCGAGACUCCACCCUCGGCCACAGUGCUCGAUUCCUGACAGGCUUUCUUUGUUUCCCUUUGAUUAAACGUGAAAGUGAA